CCCACCAUCUCAUCUACCAUCACUUUGUUCUCGUCUCAACUAAUGGUCUACUGGGGGCCAAGACGAGCAACAUGCGCGUCGUGAAUGCGAACAACAACGGGCAGCUAUUGCGACCUGCCUUGGGGGAGCAAGUUCCUUUUGGAACGCUCUACGAUGCCAGAACCGACCAAUUUCUCUCUCAGUCCUUACUGAGGGAAGGUGGCGAAAUAUUCAAGGCGUCAUCUGCGAUUCCCACGAAUCAACUACCCGAAGUCAACGUCAUCUUCCAUGGUUCCUAUCAGGCCAAGUUCAAUCUCCUGAACAUUGGCGCCGACCUAGGUGCGAGUAUUCUUGCUAAGCUCAUAAAGCCGAAAGGAGCUAGCAUGUAUCUCGAUGUCCCACAGCAGAGAGAUGAUAUACUGCACGCCGCUAUUCAUCACAAAGUUAUCUCAGCACGGGAAAAGUUCAAUGUAGUGCACCUUCGGAAUCAAGCAGCCAUAGACUGGGAGGCCUUAACGGACUUAGACGCUACACAUUUCGUCGUCGGAAUCGAGUGGGGUAUCCAAAGCAUUGUUUCAGUACAACAUGCAGUUAGCAGCUCUGCAGACCACACAGUAGUGGAGGCUCAAUUUCGAACCAAGAUUUCCAAUUUCAAAUCAGCCAUUGAAUCAGAUACACCCAUAGCACAGGAUAGCUUCACCCAUGGCCCAACAGAUAAAGAUAUGCCACUGGAAAUCACAACAUACAGUGACGUAUCAGCUGAAUGUGGUGUCAUGGUGGAAACUUUAGAGAAGGCACGCUCUGAACUGAGCCUUAUUCCUAUGCGCAUUGAAAAGGAAUAUUCCAAUAGGGGGCGACCGAUUACGUACACGCUACUUCCAAUUAGCUUUCUCGGAAUGAUCGCGGAGUCUGAAGAACGUUUUGGGGCAGCCAUGACUCCUAUCAGCUUGGAAACUGAGAAUCUUUUAGUUCACCUAUUCGACGACUUUUCUCAGUCUUAUCAGAAACUCCACAAGAACUAUGAAUAUAUUUCACAGCAUCCGAAGUACUCUUCCGAACGCCUUCGGAAGGAAGUAGAAUCGAAGGUAUCCAAUCUAAAAUGCGCGUUCCAGAGCUUUGAGCAAGCGUACUCGGAGGCUCUCGUGAGUGUACGGAGUGGGAAGGAUAAGGAGAGUCUUCUCCGGGAUCUCUAUGCCGCCUACACCAGCAAUGAAACAUCACCCGUUACUCUAGCCAACACAACUGACCGACACGUUGCUAAAAUCAAAUUUAUACUUGAAGCUACUCGUAUGGGUGCGACCUACACCAACACUGAAGACCCAAUCAUCGAUUUAAUCGGCAAUAAGGACGCCUAUGUAUUCUCGUUUACCGAUACGGCUCUGAACGAUAGCAAGUCUUGGAAUAAAAAUGCGACCAUAUUCCAAGAUUUACUGGGUCAUCAAAGCCCCGAUACCCUGUAUAUCAUAUCCGACGAUGACGCAGUAGGAAAUGUUUCACCUUAUGCGUAUAUCUCCUUCUACGAGAAAGGGGACUUGGUCUCCGGUGAUGUUCUUGAGGAACAGACUUGGCUCGUAAAGCAGUGCUUUGUUCAGUAUGCGACAAACACCCUCGAGGACCGAGAUAUCAAGAGACCACUGAAGAGGCGACUGGUUACUAUGCCUUGUCCCAGCCAAAGCUGCAGUCGAAGCCGCAUCUGUGAAUGGAAAUGUUUUAACUGCCGUACCCCUGUUGAGUUCGGGUUUACCGAUAAGUACAUAUACUGUGAUUGCGGACGCAGUUCGUAUGAAAACUUCAGCUUCAGGUGUGAUCACCCAAGUCAUGGUGGAUCAUUCGAAAAGUGCAAUCCCCAGCACGUUUUAUCGCAACUGAAGAACCUGGGAGACUCGGAAAAUAUAAACAUUCUGAUUCUAGGCGAGACUGGUGUGGGGAAAUCGACAUUCAUCAACGCCUUUGUCAAUUACUUGACGUUCAAGACACUGGACGAAGCCAAAGCAGAAGAGGGACUCCAUUGGGUUAUACCAUGUUCAUUCUCCACACAGAUCAUGGACAGAAACCGACCAGACGGAGCUAUUGAGCAGAUCAAAAUACAGGUCGGUGCGAGGGAUGAUGAACACGACGGCAGCAAGGGAGCGUCAGCUACACAGCGAACCACCGUUUAUCCUAUCACUAUUGGCAAGCGUACAAUCAGACUGAUUGACACACCCGGUAUUGGGGAUACGCGGGGGAUUCAAUACGACAAGAAAAACAUGGCUGAUAUACUGUCAACUUUAAGUAGUUAUGAUCACUUGCACGGCAUACUCAUACUGGUAAAGUCGAACAAUGCGAGAUUAACCGUUACCUUCAACUUUUGCAUGAAAGAAUUGUUAACGCAUCUCCACCGUUCGGCGGCAAGCAACAUGGCUUUUGGCUUCACCAACACGCGAAUCUCGAACUACACUCCCGGUGAUACAUUUGGGCCGUUAAGCACUCUUAUACAAAAUCACUCCGAUAUUGGCCUGUCUUUGACAACUCAUACGACCUAUUGCUUCGACUCGGAGAGCUUCCGUUAUCUUGCUGCAUUCAAGAACGGGACUGUGAUGGAGAACGAGGAGGACUUCCGACGCAGUUGGGAACAUUCGAGGACGGAGUCACUGCGUCUCAUUGACUAUUUCAAGUCCAAGACCCCCCAUAAAGUUCAAAGUACCAUAAGCCUUAACGGAGCAAGGCAACUGAUAGCAAGCUUGACCAAGCCAAUGGCCGAGAUGUCAGCGCUCAUCAAGGCUAACAUUUCUAUGUUGGUAGAUAAGAUUAAAGAAUUGACGGAUAGCCGUAUCACGGGAGAAAAGCUUAGAGAGCGGCUUUAUAUAGAGAAGAAACAUCUACGUUCCAAACCGCUCGAUAUGCCACGGACCGUCUGUAAGGAAAAGGACUGCAUUGAGCUCAGGGACGAUGGUGGAGGCGUUAUUGCCACUGUAUACAAGACACACUGCCAUUCUAUCUGCUUUCUCGACGACGUUGAGGUUGAUCAAGUAGCUCAUCCUAGUCUCAUCGGAUGUGCUGCGUUUGCUGGCAGUAAUUACUGCCGGAAAUGUACCCAUCAUUGGCAAUCGCACCUCCACGUCAGAUUUGAACUGGAGGAAUACAUGGCCACAGUGACGGAUACCGAAGUCGAACGACAGAUCCAAGCAAACGCUGACGACGUAACUCUAAGAGAAAGGGUAAUCGAAAACCUGAAUAAUCUCAUCGCCGAAUAUAAAGAGGAGCAUGCGAAACUUCAGAAUGCAUCCGCGAGGUUCGGUGUUUUCCUCAAGAAGUACUCCAUCACCCCCUACAACGAUGCGACGCUUGAGUAUCUGGACAUGCUUAUCAAAGACGAAGAGAUGAAGGUCCAGGUUGGCGGAAAUAGAAAACGCCUGGACGACCUGUUGGAAGAUCGCCGAAUGCAUGAGGAGCUCGUGGACAUUCUAACGCGCAAUAUGGACAACAAGUACCAGUUGCAAUACCAAGUCCUCAACGAAGCUGGUGUGGAGAACCUCGUUUCUCAGUUGUAUGGUUUAAAGCAUUUCGGCGCAAACCUCAAGACGGUCAGAAAUGACAUCUCAACAGCGCACGAAGCCGCGAACCGAGAACGCCCGUUCCGGGUAAAUCGGGGAUGGGCAUCUAAGACGCCUAGACGUGCUGGUAGGGCUACCAGGGACCCCCACGAUACGGCUACAACCCCGCAGGCAUCAAAAUCGCCACUAAAAACUCAAGGCAAGACCAAAUCGCAAGUCAGAAAGUUCUUCGGAGGCUUUCCGGCGAGGGUAUUAUCAAUGGUCUCUUUUAAUAAUAAGUCGGAUGUUGAGACUUAG